UACCGCGCACGCUCCCGUUUCCAGAGUUUACUGUGGUGAAAUGUGUGUGUGAAUUAUGGCAGCACCAGCGACUGACACGGCAGCAAAGCCUUCAUCUGGACGGUGGAUCUGGAAUGACGAAGCACAAGAGCUGGAGUUCAUCAGUUCAGAGGCCAAAGUAGAGGUGAAGGAGGUGAAAAAAACCAAAACAUCCACUUAUCAGGAGCAUUUCAGAAAGCAUCUGGAGAAAUGGCAAAGCAACACAGCAAGAUCUGAGCAACUGGAGGCUUUCAAGACCUCAAUAACACGCUCACAGAAGUCGUGUGUCACAAUUCAGGACAUUAAAUUGGCUGCAGUGUGUCUGCUGCAGGAUAAUGAUGGGUUGCCCAUACCGCUCACUUUCCUGAAGCUGAUCAAGAGCAAAGAGCUGGAUGGGUUUCUGGCCAGUCUUCUCUUCUACUUCUCUUGCUUUUUUGAGAAGAAAGUUCUGGAGGAGAGAACAAAGUCUCUGACGGUGAACAUGAUUCUGCAGAGAGAGGAGAGUGUGAGCGAGCAGCAGGUGAGCGCAGAGCUGCAGGUGAAACUGGAUCAAGCUCAGAAGACGCUGGCUUUCUACUACGCCACACUGCUGCUGGAUGAAGAUCUGGCUCUACAGCCAAACACCGCUCGCCACGGGAUCAAGGUGUCGUCCCCUUACUGUGACAUACAGUUAUAUGAGUGUCUCUUCAGUUUCUGUGGUUAUGCAGUGUGGGUGACUUUAGAGAGGCGGGACCUAAAAGCCAUCCAGCUGGAGAUUGGACGAUUGUUCCGCUCAAACACGUUUAACCCCGCCCUCAGGAUUCUAGACCAAUCAGAAGACAGAUCACAGGAGGAGGGUCAGUCUGAGCUUGAGGAACAAACUCAAGGCAGCAACAGGCGCCCGGCCCUGAAGCUCGUCCUGCGCCAGCGUUCGCCUCUGAUGGCCAGUUAUCUGCCCAUGCUGCCAGAAGAUUCACAACAGCUGUUUAAGAGGUUCAGAUGUCUGAAGAAGCCCUCGACUGAACAUGUGAAUCAACUCAUACAGCAGAUCAACAAUCUCAGUUUGGGGAUUCUCGGAAAGCCACUGAAUCAGUUCAGUUCGCGGACGCUGAAGCCUCACAAUGAAGAGGAGCUGGAGGAUGAUGAAGAUGCAGACGUGAUGAAGGUGGAGUCUCGUCUCCACAUCAGGAGCUCCAACCAGCAGCACUGCAGCCGAGUGGAGAUUUUCUCCAGAGCCACGACUGAAGCCCCGGACUCUGACACACUAUAACACACACUACAACACACACUGCAACACACACUACAACACACACUAUAACACACAAUAACAAACACU